UACGUCAUCUUUAGUCAUAUGAUCUCGACUCAGUGUUGCGCCAUUUUGUUCGAGACGAGAAAACUGGGACCUCUCCGCGAAAAGUGGUUUUUAGCUCGAAAAAUCGACAAUUAGGCAGACUGUCAGGCGAUUUUAGGUUGGAAGAAUCUAAAAGAAUUUUGCAAUCAUGUCAUCAAGGAAAAAGGUUUUGUUGAAAGUCAUCAUCCUCGGAGACAGUGGUGUUGGCAAGACUUCCCUGAUGAACCAGUAUGUGAACAAGAAGUUUAGUAACCAGUACAAGGCCACCAUUGGCGCAGACUUCCUCACAAAAGAAGUCAUGGUGGACGACAGACUGGUAACCAUGCAGAUCUGGGACACAGCAGGACAGGAGAGGUUCCAGAGCCUGGGUGUGGCGUUCUACCGAGGAGCUGACUGCUGCGUGCUUGUGUACGACGUGACCAUGCCCAACACGUUCAAGUCGCUGGACUCUUGGCGAGACGAGUUCCUGAUCCAGGCCAGCCCCAGGGACCCCGAGAACUUCCCCUUCGUGUUGCUCGGCAACAAGGUCGACUUGGACAACAGAGCAGUCUCGACCAAGCGGGCGUCAGGCUGGGCCUCCAGUAAGAACGACAUCCCGUACUUCGAGGUGAGCGCGAAGGAAGCCAUCAACGUGGAGCAGGCAUUCCAGACCAUCGCCAAGAACGCCCUCGCCCAGGAGACGGAAGUGGAACUCUACAACGAGUUUCCCGAUCAGAUCAAGCUCACGAACGACGCAAAACAAAAGAACGAGGGCUGUGCCUGUUAAGUCUCGUCAGGAAAAAAACAAAAAACCUGAACCCUUUUCUCGCCUGUGGAUGGCAUGUCCUCUGCCCUAUGACCCUUACCCUUUCACCCUUACCCUUUGACAUGCGUGUCCACAGGAGAAAUGGGGUCAGGUCAGUGGAUAGUUUGUAAUUACUUGGGGUUUUGUCAGGUCCAAUGAGGGGAACUGAACAUUUUUUUUUUGAUACUGCACUAAGGCCACCACUUGCACACACAAUUGUACAAAGAGUUGCUGAGUUAUCAAGUGAAACACUGCAAAAGCAUGUUCAACCAAGACAAGAAAACAACAACUGCCCAUAGCACUAUAACUGGCUUGAAUAACGAAGGCACAACUUUUAGAACAUUGAAGCUCAUUGUUAAGAAUUGCAUGACCAGGAAGACACGCGUGUCAGUUAAGAAACGGUCCAUUUUGACCUGUCAAUCUUUCCCAAGCUCACAGGAACUUGGGCUUGUCUUGCACCCCACACAGUAAUUGUUAGUUGACAGUGAAGUUACCAGAAGUAUAUAUUGUGAGGCUAACCCUAUCUCGAGCCCUGUGGGCUAGACCUAAACACUUUAAUACAGGUGCCGCUUCUGCCAGAGAGUUCACAACAGAAUUCAUGCACAGCCUGGAUAGACUUUGACGAAAGUUUGCAAAUGUUUGUUGAAAAAAUGAAAGGAAAGUAAGGCCUUUGUAAUACUUCUUUGGAAAAUCAGAAGGCACACAAAGAAUUAGAGUGAUAUGGUCGGAAUUUCUAGAAAAGGGUUUUCAAACUUCUCUCUUGAAAUUGAACAACAAUUUCUGAAGACUUGUCAUGCUGCACCUGGUUUUAAAUGAAUUCUGUUUGUGCAGAUUUCGUGCAGAAAAAGGCGGUAACCAUUCUUUCAAGAGGCUUCCCAAAAGAAACGGUAAAGAAGACAAGUUGAAGGAGUGUGGGUGACAAACAUGUUGGACACUUCUGAUCAACUUCUGCAGAAAUAUUUCCUAUUCUUAUGCUAAAAUGUGCAGCAAAUGCAAACAACACUUCAGCAUAUCAUGUAUGUGUACGUGUGAUCUAAGUGGUGGCAGUGUAAGGAAUAGUAUAUUUAUGAUUACAUCUAAAUACAUUGCUUGUUCAUAUUGAAUCCUGACCAGACAACAAAAAAGACGAUAGACAAAAAAAACUAACAAUGAGUCAAUAAUUAGAUACAAAAGUUGAUGUACCUUCUAUAUCAUGAUUGUAUAUGUACCCCAUUUAACACAUAGCGGGAAAUUUUGCAUUGUAAAUGACAGUUUUUGAUCGACGUGGUAUUGGAGAUGUGAAUGGUUUAAAAAUGCACAAUUUUGUUGUGGGGAAAAAAGAGUUGAAAACUCGCAGUUGAGAGGACUUGAUGUUCCUUACAGGGGUGAGAGCACACACAGGGCAGUUUCAUUUAUAUUAUUGAGAGGGAGGGAUGAAAAAAAUACACAAAUACUCCCAACCCUUUACACCUUUUACAUUUUUGUUUGAAUCAUUUAAAAGUCAACACCUUCCCCGUUACCUAUACUUUGAUUCGUCAUACCCAUACCCCCUUAUUUCUUGUAUACCCCCCUCCCCGUACCCCCCAAAAUCUCUCUGAAGAAGUAGCCUUUGUUCUGUGUGCUCCGGGUAAGAUAGAGAACGCACCACACCGACUGUUGGUAUAAAUAGUGUUGUAUGAAUACUGGUAGUUGUAAUCAUGCUUUUUCUAGUGAGCGUAAUUCCCUUGUGUAUCAUACAGUGAUAAGAUUUGACUUAAAUUUCUUUUGUCUAUAUAAAAUAAUGUGUAAGAGGAAUACGAAAAUGGCACCUGCUGUCGAGAAUUUCAAACCUUCACACCAAGACAAUUUCAAUUCUCUCAAGCUGAAUGUAGAAAUAGUCUGCUUGCCAGUUUUAUGAAUUUUGCUUUAUUAGACUAGAUAUGUAUGAUCUAGAAAUGUACUUCAUGUAAAAUCUGGGAAAUUCAGAUCUUGCAUUGCUACCUAGCUACAUGUAGGCUUGUUGCCCCCAGGCAUGCUAUGAAGGCAUUAUUGCUGACUGAAUCAACAGUGGUUCCAAAAGAUGCCCAAAACCUGUCCCAACAUUUUUGACAAAUACCAUAAUAUGUGAAUGAUAAUGGUAACACAUACAGUGUAGCUUCGCCUUGGAAGGAAAUGAGUUUUUGUGUAGCACAGAAGGCCUACACAGAAUGGAACACUGUAUCUGGUAACAGUGAGUAUACAGGUGGUACAACAAUUUGUCCAUUUUCUGCAUGUAAGGUCUGCAGAUGUUGCUUUCGAAGAUGCACAACUUCACCUGUAUCUGUAGUUUUCAGGAACGACUGUCCAGGCAAUGUCUAAAUUCGCGAAUUCUUCCAGAGAUUUGAUUUUGUUUUGUCCGAUUCAUGUUAGAGGUGUGUUUAUGCCCACAGACAGAGGGUCCCUUCGUUUAUGGCUGUAUGUGUAUUUCUUAAUAUACAAUAAACUCGUAGUUCCUCAAA